AAAGAAAAAAAAAGGAAGAGAAAAAUGGGGGAAGGGUCGAAAGGGAAAACACCCUACUACUUCAUAUUAAUCCCCGCUAAUAUACGCACUUUCUCUCUCCUCUCUGCUUCUUCUCCAGGUGAUCGCCGGAAUCUCCUUUCUGUCGGACUGCCGGGCGGUCAUGGAUGGCCGCCGCGGUCCAACAAUCUACCUUCGCUAUGAUUUUCCUCCUUCUCCUCAUUAGAUUCUCCAAUUGUCGUGUAAUUGAAAUGCGCAAUUGCAUAAAUUCAAGGCCUCUUCAUUGGUUUUGACCUUCGCCUUUUCAAUUUUUGUUUGUUGAUUUUGUGUGUCAUCAUGGUAAAUAUACACGCAUAUGUUCUCGGAGCACUGAGAUGUACAUAGUUUGGGUCUAGGGUUUUUGCAUCGGUUGGGGAGAAAUGUUGAAUAAGUUUAUAAAAAGGGGACACCGGAAGGUGCCGAAGCCGGAUGAUGGGGAAUUUGGCGAUGGGGCGCUGGGAAGGCGAGGCUCUGACUCAGUUUCUGUUGCCAGUGUGGUGGUGAAUAAUUCUUCAAUUGGAACGAAUUCUGUGCAGUCGCCGGCGCCGGUGACUAUUGAGACCUUGCCGAGGUUCCGCGACGUGCCGGCAUCGGAGCAGCAGAACUUGUUUUUGAGGAAGCUUCAGAUUUGUUGCUUCCAGUUCGAUUUCAAGGAUAUGUUGAAGAUGAUGAGGGAGAAGGAUAUCAAGAGGCAGACUCUUGUGGAGCUCAUAGAAUUGAUUCAAUCGGGUUCUGGGAAAAUCUGUGAGAGCAAUCAGGAGGAGCUGAUAAAGAUGAUAUCUAUCAAUAUUUUCCGGUGCUUGCCUUCGGCUUUGCAUGAGACCACGGGAUCAGAAAAUGCAGACGCUGAAGAAGAUGAGCCCUAUCUUGAGCCUUCAUGGCCACAUUUACAGCUAGUAUAUGAGCUGCUUUUGCGGUAUGUGGUUUCAUCUGAAACUGAUGCAAAGGUGGCAAAGCGGUUCAUUGAUCACACGUUCCUGUUGAAGUUAUUGGAUUUGUUUGACUCCGAGGACCCAAGGGAAAGAGAGUAUUUAAAGACAAUUCUUCACCGCAUAUAUGGGAAAUUCAUGGUGCACCGGCCAUUUAUCAGAAAGGCAAUUGGUAAUAUCUUUUAUCGGUUUAUAUAUGAGUCAGAUAGACACAGUGGCAUAGGUGAGAUUUUGGAGAUUUUAGGGAGUAUAAUAAAUGGGUUUGCAUUGCCAAUGAAGGAGGAACACAAACUGUUUCUUGUUCGGGCACUCGUACCGCUCCACAAGGCCAAGUCUGUUGCAACAUAUCAUCAGCAGUUGUCAUACUGUAUUGUUCAGUUUGUGGAUAAGGAUUACAAGUUGGCUGAUGUGGUUAUAAGAGGUUUGUUGAAAUACUGGCCUGUCACUAAUUGCCAAAAGGAGGUUCUUUUCCUUGGGGAAAUUGAAGAAGUUUUGGACGCCACACAGGCAUCAGAAUUUCAGCGCUGCAUGGUUCCACUUUUUAAACAGAUUGCUUCUUGCCUUAGCAGUUUACACUUUCAGGUUGCAGAACGUGCACUAUUUUUGUGGAAUAAUGAACACAUAGUAAGCCUGAUUUCCCAGAAUCGGAAUGUCAUUUUGCCAAUUGUCUUUGAGGCUCUGGAAAAGAAUAUACGAGAUCAUUGGAAUACAAGUGUCAAUGGCCUGACUGUCAAUGUCCGGAAAAUGUUCUUGGAAAUGGAUGCUGAUUUGUUUGAAGAGUGCCAAAGACAGUAUGCAGAGAGAGUGGCUCGUACUGCAGAAGUGGAAGGACAACGAGAAUUAAGGUGGCAGAAACUAACAACUGCAGCAGCCAAUGGAGGCUAAGAGGACAUCCAUUUCAUACCUGAUUGAUUAAGGCAGGAUAAGGUGCUAUCCAAAUUGGAUGCAUGAUCCUGAACACAUGCUUCUUCUGUAUAAUGACAUGGAUUAAAUGCUAUCCAAUCAGGGAAGCAUAAUCCCUCAACAUGCUUUUCCAUCGGUAUUCCUGUUUAUUUUCAAUGAGCCAAGUUGUUGAAAUAUUAAAGCAGCACAGCAAGUAAUGUAAUUCUAAUGUAUUGAUUGCUGUGAGUGCCAUGUUGCUGCAUACAAAUGAUUUGUGAAAGUAUGUGUAUUUCUUCUUUGAACUUUUCAUUUCCCAUAGAAAUAUUAUUGUUGAGUUCCAUUUGCCA